AUGUCGUAUAUCACAGACGGGCAGAACGGCCUGGAGGCGGUUGAAGGCAAGAAGUGGAAAGAGGGCAUCGAGCUUCUUUCCAAGGCGCUGGAGCAUUCAGAGAACCCAGCCUGGCUGCUAGCUCGCUCGCAUGCGUACCAGGAGACCAAGGAGCUCGCGCUCGCCCUGGAGGACGCCGACCAUGCGUACGUCAGUGCGACGGAGCGGCAGCAUGCCAAGAGCCGCGAGCAGAUGGCCCUGGCCCAGUACCGACGGGCAGUGAUCCUGGGCCAUCUGAAGCGUUAUGCGGAUGCCGAUGCCUGCUGCGUGUGGUCGCAGCAGCUGAUGGAGGGCAAGAAUUUCCGGCGGGAGGAGGAUGAUGUGGCGAAGCACGUGGACGAAGAGGGAGACUACCUGGCGACGGCCGAAGAGGCCCUGUCGACGUCGACGAUGCCGGUGGACAAGCAAUCGGAGCGUGGCGCUGUUCCGGAUCGGCGCACGGGUGCUGUGGAGUGGUCGCGUGCGUAUGUGUGGCGGUCGAUGAUGCUGAACGCGAUGGCAAAGCUGCCUAAGGGCGAUGCGGGGCGCAAGAUCACGGUGGCUCGCGUGCCGAUGAAGCCGGCCAAGAAGGCUGCGGCUGUCGAUAUGCACGAGGUGAAGUCGGAUAUGACGCCGACAAAGACUGCGGAGACGAAGAAGGAAUGGGCGACUAAGAAGCUUCGUGUGGACUUUUACCAGAAACCCGAAACGGUCAACCUGGUGCUCUAUGCCAAGGGCGCGGACAAGGACAAGGUGCAGGUUGAUGUGCGGGAGCUUGAGAUCGUUCUCUCGAACCUGCCGGAGGCAGCCAUCGGCAGCACAUGGGCGGUUCUCGAUCUCAGCGGCGAGGUCGAUCCAGCCGACAAGACGAUCCGGGUGACGCCGUUCAAGAUCGAGCUCACGCUGAAGAAGAAGCUUGUGGGGACGAAGUGGGCGACCUGGGGCACACAGAGGGAGGAGGGCAGCGGUGUCCGGCCAACGUUUAGCGAGUGCAGCACGGCCAGCAGCACGCAGGCGACCAGGAGUGCUGGGCCGCUCUUGUAUCCGUCCAGCUCGCGGACGGGGCCGAAGAACUGGGCGACGGUGGACCUGGGGGACGAGGAUGAAGAGCAGAACGACGUCAACGCGUUUUUCAAGAAGCUGUAUGCGGGCAGCACGCCGGAACAGCAGCGGGCGAUGGCCAAGAGCUUUACGGAGAGCAACGGGACAUCUCUGAGCACGGACUGGAGCUCGGUCAGCUCGGGCCCGGUGGCGACGCAGCCGCCGGACGGGGUGGAGGCGAAGAAAUGGUAG